AAAUUUGACAAAUUGGGCGUUUGUUGUUUCCCGACUGUGUUUUGGUUUUGGAAGUGGAAGCCAAUUUUGCCUCCGUAUUUGCAUCAAUUUCCUCAUAAUAAAAGUAAUAUUGCCUAAAUAUACUUUCUAUUGGAAUAAUUUGAAAGGUCAAAGUGAAAUAGAGUGCUUUUGAAACAUGGGAACUUUAUUCGAACAUUUGAAAAGUCUUUUCGAAUACGAACUGUACUCUAAUGCUAGAACACUGUCCAACUUGAUACUGGCUGUAUUUGAAAAUAAUAGAUCGAUUUUGACGCCGCAGCAGCAUUUUUCUACACUGGUGUAUUAUGCAGAAUCUCUAUUCCACGAGCACCAGUACCGAGAAGCGGAAGGAAUCUUUCGGCAAGCAUUGCAAGCCAAAAGAAUUCUACCGAAAACUAAAUCCCCCAGCAGCAAGUCGAACGAUAGCCCGCCAGAUAUCUUCUCUGAAGUGGAGAUCAAGUACAAAACGGCUAGAUGUUUGAUAGAGAUAAAGCGUUUCCGCGAUGCUAUUGUGGUUCUGCAAUCGCUUUCUAUAAAGCAGCGAACUCCGAAAGUGAAUAUGCUAUUGAGCCGUUUGUGUCACAAUCAUGGUCACGAAAGAAGUGCCAUCGGUACUUAUAAAGAGGUGUUGAAAGAUUGUCCCUUGGCCUUUGAAGCCAUCGAAGGAUUGUUAUCGCUAGGAACAAACGGAAUCGAAGUGAAUACAUUGGUUCUUAAUGCAACUUUGGCUCCGCAGUGCAAUGAUUGGCUUAGUAAUUGGAUAAAAGCCCACGCCCACAUGCAGGGAAGGAAGUACUCGGAGGCUAUUCAGACCUUCCGUUCCAUAGAAAUGAACACAUCUUUGUCCAACUAUCACCAGCUGUUGGUUUUGGUGGGUGAAUGCUAUUACCAUAAUGGCGAAUAUGAGAAUGCUUACACGUAUUUGAAGCGAGCCCACAAUCUCUAUCCCUACAUGAAGAACGGAAUUCAAAUUCUGGCAAUCCUCAUGGCCAAGAAGAAGAAACUGAACGAGCUGGAAAAGAUGAUUGCACCAACCUCUACGUUCCCAAUGGAAUACUCGUCUGAAAUGUGGUUCGUGAUGGCUCAGUAUCUCUACUCCACGGCUAAGUACGACAAGGCGGUUUAUUUCGUGCAGAAAGCUUGCUUCCUGAACCCUAAGAAUGCCGAGGCACUCAUUCUAAAAGCGGAAAUCCUUCUGCAACUGAAGAAGUACCAGGAAGCGAUUGCCCAUCUUCGGUUCGCCCAGCAGUUUGCUCCGUAUCGGUACGAGGUGCACAAGGUCCUUGUCGAUACCUAUCUGAACAUGAAUCGUUUGCGCGAGGCGCAGGCCCAAGCUUUGAAGGCGUUGAAAACAAUAGGCGAAACCCCUCGGCUGCUAGUGCUUUUGGGUCGAACAUAUCUGAAGGACGACAGCACGAAGGCAAAAGCUAAGACAUUAUUCAUGAAAGCGCUCGAAAUGAAUGAAAACUAUCUGCCUGCGGUAUACAUGCUGGCCGAUCUCUACCGUCAGGAUAACGACGCCUCGAGUUGCAUCAAACUGCUGAAAAAGCACGCCUCGAUGACGCAAAACUGCAAGCUACACGCGAUGCUAGGAGAUCUCUUGAGCAACGAUAAGGACCAUUCCGGAGCGUUGGAGCACUAUACGAUGGCCUUGAACCUUGACCCCACAAACCGUUGCGCUAUGGCAGGCCUGUUGGCAAUGGGACAAAGUGCCGGUGGUACAAGCGGCGUAGGAGGCUCGUCAUAUCUGGAAUCAUCGAUGGCAGAGGAAGGCAGUGACGUGCAGGACAACCCCUUGGAAAUGAUCGAAAUUCCGCAGAGCGGUCAAAAUGAUCUGGAAUCGGAGAGCGACAUCAUGUGGUCUGAUGUGGAGAUCGAGAUUAACCAAUAGAACAUAUUCGUUGGAUAUGUUUCCCCGAGUUUUAUGAUAAUAUAAUGUAUAUGAUUAAGCACAGUACCAUUCUCAAAGAACUUUGGUAGGAAAUAAUGUAUAAUCACUUCCAUUCUGAAAUUCAAAUUUUGCAUAUGUUAUAAUAUAAAUUUACACGAUUGGAUCAAA